AUGCCGAAACCUACCACUGAGGGACCCAAGAGAAAAGCAUCCAAGCCACGCAAAAGGCCCCUUCCCAACGAUCGUGACAUAAAUGGUAACAUCGUUGGAAGUAAGACUUCUAUUGCAUCACGCAAACGUCGUUGCCCUCGGGUCACAUUGGCAUCUCUUCAAAUCGACGACGAAGAUGAUGAUCUGAGCAAAUUCACUACCAGCUUCGGCAUUAAUUCCCACUCGCAUAAUACAUGGGGAAUCCCCAGUUCUACAACCAUUGCAGCCCCAAAGCGCAAGCAAAAAGCAUUUACUUUCAAGCAACAAUUAGGAGUCAGUCGUAAUCAUGCAGGUUUCUUCAAUCGUUUCCCAGGACUUCGCAAUUUUGAAACCACGCCCGAGCCAGUAGAAAUAGAUUGUCCAAGUCGCUCUCCAUUCCUACGAUACCCUUUAGACAUCCCAAAGCCAGUACUAGAGACUUUUACUAUCGUGUUGACACCGAAGAAGGUUGGAUUCAGCUCUACAGCUCUGGGAUUUGAAGAUAAUGCUAUAACUUUUUCGGAUUUUCUGUGGGAUGGUGGAGAGAUUAUGAGUGCUAUUAUGAAGCUGGUCUGCAAGAAGCUGAGGGUUGUGGUGAAGAAAGAUAAUGGGAGAAGAAUUAUUCUCGACGUAGAUGUUUUUGGAAGCAUUUUUGCGACAUCGGAUGAUCAUGAGGAUUGGUUCAAAGAAGAUAGGACACAGCAGCUAGCGAGGGCUGCUUUGAGAACAAGGGUGAGAAGCGAACUAAUUGUGAUUAAAGACAAGUUUGAGGAGAUAUUUAACAACGAGGAGAAAGCUAUCGAGAUGGGGUGGUGCAGGGUGAUGGAUUCAGAUGAAAGGUCAUCAGGAAGCCUCUCAUAA